AUGGAAACCCCCGGUGCAGGCUGCCCUUGCAGCUGUAAGCGGCGAUCUCUAGGGCGGCUGCAGCGUCACGGGCCUGGGCCCCAGAGCGCCGCUCGCCCCGGGAACUUUCAAAAGCUGCCGGGACCAGAAAGACGCGCCAACGGGUCGGGGCCCCGACUGAGCGCGGAAGCCCUGCGGAGCCGGGGAGGAAGGCUUGCUGCAGCUCUGCGGUUUCCCGAGGCCUGGGCCGGACGCUGGGACGCUAGGCCUCGGCGCGGCGCCGGCGCGGCCCGGGGGCGUCGUGGGCCACUGUGGGAAGGAUUUUCCGCCUUUCUGGGCAGGCCGGGAGGCUUCGCUCCGAGAAUCUGCAGAGAAACCUGGCGGCCGCCGCUGGCGGAGUUUAGCCGGGCAGCAAGGACGGCCAGGUCCGUGGGGCACACCUUGGGUCUCCGAGCCCUGCCUUGCCCUGACCGAGGUUGCUUUUUUGUACUUUCGAAAUGUCUUCCCCUAAUCGCCCCCUACCUGCCCGCCUUUUGGGGGGUGGGGUGGGGGGAACCAUACUGUAUUGCUUUCUUUUUCACAGCCAGUUUUCUACUGCAGCCGCUGCCCCGUUUUCUUCAUCUACUUCCCCAUCCGAACCCUCAGUGCGACAUCCGUUGCCUGGAAGCAGCUGGUCUUGCCCCCUCAGAGGUCACCCGAGAGUCAGUGCUGACUUUGUCAUUAUCCGUUUUAUUUAACUCGGCAGUGCUCUCUCCCGGGCUUUCAGCUUCAGCUGUACAACCAAGACACCUGAUUGACUUGCAGAAGAUCAGACUGUGGGAGAGACAUCCCUGGCAGUCUACUGGACCUCUGAAGCUGCCGGUCCACUGUGGGGAAAGUCCAGCUGGGGCAGGCACAACGCUGUCUGUUCACCAGGUGCAGAAUCCACCACUGGGCAGAGCUGCCUGCAGCCUGCGUUUCCCUUGUGUGAACAGCAAGCUUAUUUACUCCUUUGAUUUUCUUAAGGAUUCACAUGUUGUAGCCCGAAAGCCCAAUGUGACUGUAUUUAGAGAUAAGAGCCUCUACGAAGGCCAUGUGAGGACACAGCAGGAAGGCAACCAUCUGCAAACCAGGAAAAGAGACUUCACUAGAAACCAACCUUGCCAGCACCUUGAUCUUGGACUUUGAAAUUCCAGAAGGCUGAGAAAACAAAUUUCUGUUCUUUACAUCACCUGAUCUGUGGUAUUCUAUUACAAUAGCCCAAGCUGACCAAUAUACUAGCAUGUGACUGAGCAAACCAGUAUCUUCUAUCAAUGUUAAUUUCUUCUUUUCAAAAAUGGAGAUGGUUAAAAAGUUCCCCUUCACAAGAAAUU